AUUCUCCAGCAGAGGGACGACAGCGGCCGUCUGUCAGUGUGCAGGAAGUUGUGCUAUGCCAUUGGAGGGGCUCCCUACCAGAUCACAGGCAGUGCUCUGGGCUUCUUCCUCCAGAUCUACCUGCUGGAUGUGGCCCAGGUAAGUGAGAUGGGGGUUGAGCCAGAGGGCAACACCAGGGUGGGGGACCUAGAGGGGAAGUCCCAAGCUAGGCAUCUCUAUAUAGGCACUGUAAUAGAGCCCCAAGACAAAGAGCACAGUACGUCAGUGUUCGAGUCAGUUGUCAGGAAUAGGCUCCUAGGGCAGAACUGGAAAUUAUAGUUCACUUUCAGCACUUCAGUAUCCGAUGAGCUUUGUACUGUAUCAGUUCUUGUCCUUGUCUUGAAAUGCUGUCAUUUAAAGCACAGCAGAGAAGGUCAACCGUGUAUAUAUUUUGUCUCAUCUAUUUUCAGAAUACUGUAAACUUUCUGAGCUCACUGUCACUAGACAGUACAGGGGGAACUGAUUUUAAGGGGAAGGCCAAAUAGCUGGUUUCAUUCUGACAGCCUCUGGCAUGACUCUUCUAUUGAAGCAGUUUAACUCUGACUCCUACUGCUUUGCUUUGUCUCUCAAUUAGCAAGUGAUAAACUGUGCACACUGAAUACAACUCAUUCAACCAGAGAUGAUGAGCUCCUUGGAAUGGUCUUAAACACCACACUGUUCAGAUGGUAAUGUUGCCAAUGUGGCCUCGCCAUGUAUCACUGACUGUCCUUACACAACCUUGGCAACUCUCCAAAUAUCCUCUUGGAGUCAUCUUGUUGCAAAAGAUGGCUUAUUUUUAUUUCUGUUUCAAUGGCCACUCCUUCUGUGAGGAGAGGUGAUGGCUGAUGUCUGUGGUUGUAGUGGUCUGACAGACAAUUAAUUAUGUAUAUCCCUCCCCCUCAGUUAUUUCUCUCUCUCUCUCCCUUUAACUCUGUCUCUCCAUAGCUGGACCCAUUUUAUGCCUCUAUCAUUUUGUUUGUGGGCCGGGCCUGGGAUGCAGUGACAGACCCAACGGUGGGCUUCCUGGUGAGCCGGAGCAGAUGGACCCGGUGUGGCCGGAUGAUGCCCUGGUAGGUGUCUCCGCCUCGGUCACCCAGUGGACAUUUUACAGCAGGCAGGAAUGAAAGAAGAAAUCAAAACAAAACCUCUCAUCAUGCCUAGAGCGAGAACAUUAGUUGAAAUUGAAAUAUGGGUGGUAACCGUGACAACAAAGCUGAAGUGGAAAGGCUUGAAUAGAAAGAACAGGCUGUCAGUGAUAUGCAUAACUUGUUCUCAAUUUUACCUCAAUACUCAAUCUUUAUCUGCUGUUGGGCACUGUCCGUCUUGGAUUGUAAUAGCUUUUAACUUCUCCUCUGGGUGCAAACCAGGACAGACUGGAAUGAGGCUAAAUCUUAUUUUAGUUAGUUUUGGAAUACCCAGGUGCUUUCUCUUUUUGUUCUGUGCUUGCACUGCGAUAUUCCACGAAAGGCUCUGUGUGCUUUGAAGCCUGUGCCCAAAGAAAUUGAUUUCUAAUUCUAUGAUUUUGCCCCAGAUGCCCUAAGCGAGACUGUUAAGCCUAGUGGUGGGUGGCAUAUGUCAGGAACGGAAGAGAGCAGUGAGUUCCCUCUCUAAAGUAAUGGGAGUGCAUUUGGACUGAGUACGACAGCCCAGAAUGCCUGUCACUAGUUGAUGAAAGCAGAGCUCCCGUGUCACACACUGUUCAUCUAAACACAUGAGCAUUGCAUAUAAGAUUCGGCAAUGAUCCACACAAUGCUACGGCAAAAGUAAUCCUCACGUCGAAGAACACCAUUAUUAACCGUUACGGUUUUGUUGCUAGGUAUGCUCUAUCAAGGCAUACCUAGCCUUGAUUUGACAUAUGGUUGUAGGAAUGCCAUAAUGGGAGGUAUUUAACACCGUGAGACAGUUGUUUGUAAAGAGAGAUGAUCUCUAACAGCAUCCUACCCCUGCUACCAAGCACGUUACAGCCUAGUUUAUAUGCCCCUGUGAAACUCUAUAUGACCCCAUGUGGUCAAUAGAAACACUGAUCCCUGUCACCUCUCUGGCCUUUGGUCUGUGCAUGGUCACACACAGUAGCAGCACCCAAAGUUAUUUAAACCAGAGGGAACAUAGUGACCACUGCUAUAUAACAUGCUGCUGUAUAUUUUCAUAUACUCCUCUACAAGAGGACAGAGUGAAAUUUUGUGGUUAAAAUGUAUAUUUGGCAUAAUACCGUGACUGUCUAGGAAUUCCGUCGAUAGAGGUUUAUUCAUGAUGGUAAGGUAGCUGGAUUCGCUUGAUAUCUUAGGACCCUGGGCAUGUAAUGUAGGAUGCCGGGUGGAGAAAGAACCAGCUUCUCCUUCUCUGAUUGGUCCAACCCUCAACACACAUCUGGAUUUAGGACAAUGGGGGCCUGAGAAGCGCGUGUGUGUGUGAUCCCAGAAUGGCAGUUUAGGAGGGGGCUCGGCUAAUCCAGAGAGAAGUUACCACAGGUCAAGUAGAGGGGAGAUUCUUGGCUGCAUGUCAAUGAGGUAGGUCAUUGUUAGGAGGUGGCUGUGUGUGCAGUUAUCUGGCCUGUACAAACCACCACAAAGCCCCCAGCGUGUUCUUAUCAGAGCCUUAGCACAGACAAGGAGAUUUAGAUGUCUUCCUCACUAUCAAUAAUGCAGCACUUAACUUAACCUUGACUAAAGCUCUUUUCCCAUCUGAAUGCGCCAGCCUUUUUAAUUGGCACUAUAAGUGGAAGAUGUUUUUCCCAGAAUUUUAUGCGCUAGUCCUAAACACUGUGGAAUUCUAGAACCCUCUUCCUUGUAUCCGCCUGCAAGACAGACCGAUAGCUGUAUGAUUAAAUAAUCAUCUAAAAAUAACAUCAAAAGGAUCAUUGUUUUAAGAGCGAGAACACAAUGUUAUCUUAAUGGGCUCUGCUGAGAAGUACUUUAAUAGUCUCUCUCUUUGUCUUAUCAAUAUCAUAAUACUUCAAUGUUGACAUAACUUGAACAAGCACAUUGUUUCUCACAGGCAGAUGAUCCAGUCUGUUUGCUAAAUAAAACCGUGAGCCUUUUUUUUUUUUUUUUUGUCAUUUAGCAGACGCUCUUAUCCAGAGCGACUUACAGGAGCAAUUAGGGUUAAGUGCCUUGCUCAAGGGCACAUCGACAGAUUUUUCACCUAGUCGGCUCAGGGAUUAGAACCAGCGACCUUUCGGUUACUGGCACAACGCUCUUACCCACUAAGCUACCUGCCGCCCCUCUCUCGUUUCUCGCCUACCCCCCUAAGUGGGUUGGGCUGCCAUCGUGCUCAUGCUGUGAGCUUUGUGUAUUCAACCGAGUGACGGUGUACAAAAUGCAGAGAAUCAAGCAGAAAUCUGACCUCUAUUUCCAGUCAGAUCAGCUUAUUGACUCUCAUUAACCCCCUUUAGUCAGCCCACAUAGGCUAAGGAAGAAGAUGGAGGGGCUUCUCCAGUUCAGUGGGUGUGGGCUACAGAGGAUGGGCUAUUCCCAUUGACUGGCCAUUUGUGAGUUGGGUCGACAUGUGUCAUGUCAGAUAAACAAACAAGCAUUUUCAGUUCAGUUAGCUGAUAGGCCCCCUGGGGACUAUAGGUGCCAUAAUUGCAGGUCAAACACAGAUUAUGAAUAGAAAGAAACAUUACUUCUUAGCAAGAGAUUGCUAUAAAGUAUUAAUGUAGUUGUAGUGAUUAAAACACUUGGCAGAUGAGCAUGCAAUGUUACAGUGACCGCUGUUCUCAACUGUGUGGCUUUUACUGAGACCAGUGAGCGGCUGAGACAAAUGGAACGCCCGCUGCCCUGCAAGCAUAGAAAAAUCUCUUAGUCGAUAUAUACUUGUCUCCGAAACACCCUGCCAGCAAUGCCCCCGACUUCUAUUAUUUUGCGUGGACUGGUCUGCUGGAAACCCAGUAGGGCAGGGGUCUCCAACCUUUUCUAGCAUUGGUGCUACUUGUAAAAAAAUGAAAUGUGUUGCAAUGUUUUUUUUUCUAGCUUUCAAAUACGCACAUUCUUCUCUUCCCCUGGUCUUUGGUGUGUAUUCUGUCAAUAUACCUGGUAAUCGAAUGGUUAAUAAACAGUAUUUGGCAUGACAGGCCCCAUAACAUUAUCUUUAGUAUUUUCCCAAAUUCUGUUUUCGCAGUUUUUUUCUUCCAGUUUUUUUGUUAGGUUUUUUUUUGUUCGUUUUUUACUCACAAUAUAACAAUUAUUCAUAGAGAAACAGCGAAAUGGAUGUUCUGAGUUAUGUCAAUGCUUAAAUCAUAUCAGAAGACAAUUUGAGGUCUGGAAAACGAGCACAUUUAGAUUUUUUGGUGUAAUUCCCCUUUAAUUGAAUGUGUUGGUUUAGCAAUGUUUCUGCAAUAAGGCCUACUGCUGCAGAACAUCUCAAAACAAUGGCCACCCAAUUGAUACAAAUAAUCAUGAUAUAGUUCUGUCAGGGAAGCCUACUUUGCAGUUUACAUUUAUUUAAUUGAGAAGGUUUUUGGGGAAAGUCUUUCUACUCACAAGAUGCAGGGUAUCAUUAGCAUCGCUAACUGGCUACAUACUGACAGAUGAUAGACAGAGGGGCAAUAUUGCUGGAAAUUAAUUGUCAGAUAUUGUUACAUUUGGCUUUUUAAGCCAAUAGUGCCUAACCAGGGAUGGGAUAACGUCAAUGUUGCUUUGAUUGAAUAGUAGCUGGGACCUUUAUGUUUAUGACAGUUUGAGAUAGAACACAUGACAAAAUGCAUGUACUUUCAGAAUUGAUUGGCGAGCUACUCAGAGGUCGCCUGCGAGCUACUGGUCUACCUGUUGGAGACCGCUGCAGUAGUGGAACCAUUGUUCUCUAUGGCUGUUCUGCUUCUCUAGCUGGGGUGUAUUGGUCUGCUGGUCAGGUGUAUUGUGUGAUUGUGCCUGUAGAGUGGUGUGAGGGUGAGGCGAGUCAGUAUGGCGUCACUAUAAGGACAGCCCACCACAGUCUCCCUGUCAGCAGGCACAGUGCAGAGAGAAAGGCCACAGUGAGCCCAUUCUGAACCCCUUCUCCGUACACAGACCCAAAUAACAGGGGAUUAAGGGUUAUAGAUUUCAAUGCACAGAAAUAAAAAAUAAAAAGGGGAAUGUGAAUGUAAGAAAAUUAGAAAGCGACGGGGUUCAAGUUGGAUACUUAAGUUUAUACACUGAACAAAAAUAUAAACGCAACAUGUAAAUUGUUGGUCCCAUGUUUCAUGAGCUGAAAUAAAAAAUCACUGAAAUUUUUCAUACACACAAAAAGCUUCUUUCUCUCAUAUUUUUGGCAGAAAUGUGUUUACAUCCCUGUUAGUGAGCGUUUCUCCUUUGCCAAGAUAAUCCAUCCACCUGACCAGUGUGGCAUAUCAAGAAACUGAUUAUACAGCAUGAUCAUUACACAGGUGCACCUUAUGCUGGGGACAAUAAAAGGCCACUUUAAAUUGUGCAGUUUUGUCACGCAACACAAUGCCCAGGGUGCUGAGGACUAUUUCUGUCUGUAAUAAAGCCCUUUUGUAGGGGAAAAACAAAUACUUAUUUUCCACCAUAAUUUGCAAAUAAAUUCAUAAAAAAUCCUACAAUGUGAUUUUCUGGAUUUCUUUUUUUCAUUUUGUAUGUCAUAGUUGACGUGCACCUAUGAUGAAAAUUACAGGCCUCUCUCAUAUUUUUAAGUGGGAGAACUUGCACAAUUGGUGGCUGACUAAAUACUUUUUUUCCUCACUGUAUGAGCUGUAGCUCAGUAAAAUCUUUGAAAUUGUUGCAUGUUGCGUUUAUUUCUGUUCAGUGUAUAUAUCUCAACCCUAUGCAGAUGACAUAAGUUAGUGCCCAAAUUCUGCUACCACUACUGCCAACACUACCAGGUGCCACACUUAGCCUGGCAGGGACUCGUGGAAAUCAUAAUUGUGAGAACAAAUAUUUACUGCUUCAAUACUGUAGAAACAUUUCUUUUUAUAGUAUAUCAUUUUUUCUCCAGUCACCAAGAUGAAAUAGACCUACUUAGACACCAACACAUGCAAAUGCUCCUCCAUUACAUUUUAUUGAUCCUGUCCUGUUUUCCCCUCAGGAUCCUCAUCUCCACUCCCUUUGCGGUGCUCACGUACUUCCUGAUCUGGUAUGUCCCUCCAGUGGAGCAGGGGAAGGUCCUGUGGUAUCUGGUCUUCUACUGUCUCUUCCAGUCUCUGCAGACGGUCAGUCUCCCCUAUACACAGUUUAUUGUUAGUGAAAAAAUAUGUUAUUAAUAAGAAGGGGCACAUAUUACCAUUCAUUGUUCCUCAAUCACCAUUGAACUGUGAUAUGGUUGUAAUUAAUUAAUGUUUUAUUUGUGUGUUUGGAUCAGCUUUAAUAUUGCAGAUUGUGGGUUCUAUCAAUGUAAUUGUUUGCAUAUUUAUUUAUUAUAUAUAUUUAUUUAUUAUAUAUAUAUAUAUAUAUAUAUAUAUAUAUAUAUGUGGGGGGGAAAAGUAUUUAGUCAGCCACCAAUUGUGCAAGUUCUUCCACUUAAAAAGAUGAGAGAGGCCUGUAAUUUUCAUCAUAGGUACACACGUCAACUAUGACAGACGAAAUGAGAAGAAAAAAAUCCUGAAAAUCACAUUGUAGGAUUUUUAAUGAAUUUAUUUGCAAAUUAUGGUGGAAAAUAAGUAUUUGGUCAAUAACAAAAGUUUCUCAAUACUUUGUUAUAUACCCUUUGUUGGCAAUGACACAGGUCAAACGUUUUCUGUAAGUCUUCACAAGGUUUUCACACACUGUUGCUGGUAUUUUGGCCCAUUCCUCCAUGCAGAUCUCCUCUAGAGCAGUGAUGUUUUGGGGCUGUCGCUGGGCAACACGGACUUUCAACUCCCUCCAAAGAUUUUCUAUGGGGUUGAGAUCUGGAGACUGGCUAGGCCACUCCAGGACCUUGAAAUGCUUCUUACGAAGCCACUCCUUCGUUGCCCGGGCGGUGUGUUUGGGAUCAUUGUCAUGCUGAAAGACCCAGCCACGUUUCAUCUUCAAUGCCCUUGCUGAUGGAAGGAGGUUUUCACUCAAAAUCUCACGAUACAUGGCCCCAUUCAUUAUUUCCUUUACACGGAUCAGUCGUCCUGGUCCCUUUGCAGAAAAACAGCCCCAAAGCAUGAUGUUUCCACCCCCAUGCUUCACAGUAGGUAUGGUGUUCUUUGGAUGCAACUCGGUGUUCUUUGGAUGCAACUCAGCAUUCUUUUUCCUCCAAACACGACGAGUUUAGUUUUCACCAAAAAGUUAUAUUUUGGUUUCAUCUGACCAUAUGACAUUCUCCCAAUCCUCUUCUGGAUCAUCCAAAUGCACUCUAGCAAACUUCAGACGGGCCUGGACAUGUACUGGCUUAAGCAGGGGGACACGUCUGGCACUGCAGGAUUUGAGUCCCUGGCGGCGUAGUGUGUUACUGAUGGUAGGCUUUGUUACUUUGGUCCCAGCUCUCUGCAGGUCAUUCACUAGGUCCCCCUGUGUGGUUCUGGGAUUUUUGCUCACCGUUCUUGUGAUCAUUUUGACCCCACGGGGUGAGAUCUUGCGUGGAGCCCCAGAUCGAGGGAGAUUAUCAGUGGUCUUGUAUGUCUUCCAUUUCCUAAUAAUUGCUCCCACAGUUGAUUUCUUCAAACCAAGCUGCUUACCUAUUGCAGAUUCAGUCUUCCCAGCCUGGUGCAGGUCUACAAUUUUGUUUCUGGUGUCCUUUGACAGCUCUUUGGUCUUGGCCAUAGUGGAGUUUGGAGUGUGACUGUUUGAGGUUGUGGACAGGUGUCUUUUAUACUGAUAACAAGUUCAAACAGGUGCCAUUAAUACAGGUAACGAGUGGAGGACAGAGGAGCCUCUUAAAGAAGAAGUUACAGGUCUGUGAGAGCCAGAAAUCUUGCUUGUUUGUAGGUGACCAAAUACUUAUUUUCCACCAUAAUUUGCAAAUAAAUUCAUUAAAAAUCCUACAAUGUGAUUUUCUGGAUUUCUUUCUUCUCAAUUUGUCUGUCAUAGUUGACGUGUACCUAUGAUGAAAAUUACAGGCCUCUCUCAUCUUUUUAAGUGGGAGAACUUGCACAAUUGGUGGCUGACUAAAUACUUUUUUCCCCCACUGUGUGUGUGUGUAUAUAUAUAUAUAUAUUAUCCCUACCCUGAUUGGAGUAAACUAACAGACAACAAUACUUUUACUUGUACUGCUACUUACAGCAAUUCUGUGCCAGGAAUUGAUUUCAUUGUUUUUGUGUGCAGUGCUUCCAUGUGCCGUACUCAGCGCUCACCAUGUUUAUCAGCACAGACCAGAAAGAGAGAGACUCUGCCACGGCCUACCGUAAGUCAACCUGUACAUCUUUGCAGUUAUGUAGCAUCUCAUGUGGUUGUAAUAUGAGGUCUUCAUUCUACUCUCUCUCGCUCUCUUCAUCCCUUCUCCCUUCAGGUAUGACGGUGGAGGUGCUGGGCACAGUGGUUGGCACGGCGAUCCAGGGACAGAUUGUGGGUGGGGCGAUCGCCCCCUGUCUCCCGGGUUACCUGGAUGUCCUUGACAACAGUAACUCCACACUGCUGGGGUCAGAUGUCAACAUCUCUCACAUCUCCCUGGAUGAAACUGUGAGAGGGAGACCCCAGGGAUGACAUGUUUUUUAACAUGUCAUAACACUGUAAUGGUAAAGUGGAAUUUUACCCUAAUCCUGCUCCUCCUGUCCCUCUAACAGAAACAAGCCUACCUGAUUGCCUCAGGAGUCAUCUGUGCCAUUUACGUUCUCUGUGCUGCAGUCCUGUUCCUGGGAGUCAGAGAGCAGGAAGGUGAGAAUUGAUUAAUGGAGAAGAAAAUGUUUUUCUCUUUAUCUGAAUUUUUACAAUGACAUAACUUCAAGUUAUUUCUCAUAUUUAGAGUACAACAGCUUUGUUUGUUAUCCUCAGGAAAACUUUUCCACUUCCUCUCAACCCUCCAAUGUUCCAAGAAUUCUUUGUUACAAGUAACUAGGAGAGGGACACAUUUUGGCAGUCAGUAAAUGUCAUGGACGAGGGAUAAAGAUCAUCAGAUAAGUCUUCUUCAGCUGAUGUUUGGCACAGUGCACCUAAUAGGUUAGUUUUAAUCGCCAUCUUUGUUUUGGUCAUAGAGUGUGGGCGUCUGAAGACAGAGCCCAUGUCGUUCUUUGAGGGCAUGAGGAUGGUGAUGGGAUACGGGCCGUAUGUCAAACUGGUCAUGGGAUUCCUCUUCACCUCGCUGGCCUUCAUGGUGAGUCACACUCCUAGAAUGGGAUACAGUUACACGCACACACAUAAACAAACAAACAAACAAAUAUUUAUGACAAGCUAUAGGGUGUGUAACCCUGGUGUUUGGUUUCCUGUAUGUAUAUGACUUCCUGUAUGUUCAGUGGUUGAUGUGUAGCUCAGUUGGUAGAGCAUGGCGCUUGCAAUGCCAGAAUUGUGGGUUCGUUUCCCACGGGGGGCCAGUAUGAAAAUGUAUGCACUCACUAAAACUGUAAGUCGCUCUGGAUAAGAGCGUCUGCUAAAUAAGUAAAAUGUAAUGUAAAUGUAAUGUGUAUGUCAUUGCUCUCCUGGCAGCUCCUGGAGGGGAACUUUGCCCUGUUCAUCACCUACACCCUGGGCUUCAGAAAUGACUUCCAGAACAUUCUCCUGGUCAUUAUGGUGAGUCUAGUGUUCCUUCCCACUAGAGGCCUAACACAAAGUGGAUGUAUAUUCUGUACAUUAAGACCUGUGCAUUCUGUACAUUAACACCUGUACUUUCUGUGCUGACUGAAAGGUCACCUUGUGGGGUAGAGUAACGUCUGUGGUUCCAUGGUGUUUCCGUGACUGUUUUAGGGGGGUUUUCCUCAUGGAAGGGGAUGAAAGGGCACAUUUUUGGGGUGAGAGGAAGUGUUGUUGUGGCCGCUGGGAACCUGUCCCCAUCUCACACACUCCAUUACAGGGAGCAGGGGUGAGAAAGGAGCACAGAGGGGCCUUUGUUGCUCGGGCAAUCUGUAAGCUUUGGCAUUUCUCUCCAAUUUACCAUUCCUUCUUUUCUGCACAGUCGCUUCUCCCUCUGCCUGAGUAGGAUGUAGAGCUGCCAUGCACUGCCCUGUCUGGCCACUGGAGCAGGAAAUGUGGGAAUUUAGAAAGGUCGUUAGUAGCCUGGUCACCAGAUCUGUUUGUGCUUUAGCCAAAUCUUCCAACUGCCAUACAUGCAAGGCUAGGUCCUUAGAUGCUGCUGGCUUUGGUCAGCAUAGUGUUAGAUAUUUCUAAUACUGCUGAGUGCUCAGCCACUAGCUAAUCCUUGUGUGGUCAUUUGACACACUGGUUGACCACACCUCUAUAAGAGGUCAAGGGUCAUGGACCCCCUGCAGGGUUAAAUAAAGAGCCCUUUCAAAUUGUGUCCUGCUCCCAUUAUGUUUUAGCCCAUCAGUCAGUCUGACCUUUUCUGUUCCCACAUUGCCCUCCGUGCUUAAGAGGAGUAUUUCUAUUCAUUUUUAUGGAAAUGGUUAAAUAUCUUAAUGCUCUUCUUUGGUGUUUCAUUUUUAGCUCUCUGGGACUUUGUCCAUUCCAUUCUGGCAGUGGUUCCUGACCAGAUUUGGGAAGAAGACUGCAGUCUACAUUGGCAUCACAGUAAGCAGUGUGUGUUGUUGUGGAGCUUCAUCUCAAAGCUGGUAUGUGUGUAUGUAUGGGGCGCUCUCUCAUGACUUAUUUCAUUCAUGUCUAUCCUAUGUGUCUAUCUCUGUAGUGGGCAGUGCCCUUCAUGAUCCUGAUCAUCUGCAUAGAGAGCAGUCUCAUUGUGGCCUAUGUGGUCUCUGUGGCAGCAGGAGUCAGUGUGGCUGCAGCUUUCCUCCUACCCUGGUAAGUAGCCUACUGUUUGAAUGUACCUCCAUAUACCCAUAACAACCUAUAGAUGAUCGCUAUCAUAUAUCUCCAGUGUCUCUUUACUUAUGUCCAGUCUGUGGUGGGUCUUGCCUUUUUGUAUACAUUCACAUCUUUCUCUGUUUCUCAGGUCAAUGCUCCCAGAUGUGGUGGAUGAUUUCAAAGUGAAGAAUCCAGACUCUAGUGGCCACGAGGCCAUUUUCUACUCCUUCUAUGUCUUCUUCACCAAGUUUGCCUCAGGAAUCUCCCUCGGCAUCUCCACUCUCAGUCUAGAGUAAGUGUGUGUCCCUCUCUUGCAUGUAUUGUACAUGGUAAACUGAGCAUGUUGACAAUUUAAUGAGCUUAGUUUGAAAUCUAACUCUAUUUUGCAGGACUCCUAACAGCUUAGUGAAUCAUAUUUUCUCAGAAAUGGCCUAAAUUCUAAUGUAGGAUAAAUGCAUUUAAGCUAGUUUCAUUUUCCUUGGGCCAACGGACCAGUCAUGUGGGGAACCAUAACAUAAUCCUCACACUCAUAAUCAAGCCAAACUGUACCUAUUAUAUCCGCAUUGUUUUCUUCUCUCUCUCCCUGUACAUUUUGAGCAGCUUUGCCGGGUAUGUGACCAGAGGCUGCUCGCAACCCGACGCAGUGAAUUUAACCCUGAAGGUGCUGGUCUCAGCUGCUCCUGUUGUUCUGAUAUUCCUGGGGCUGUUGAUAUUCAAGACCUACCCCAUUGACGAGGAGAGGAGGCAAGGCAACAGGAAACUACUGCAGGAGAUGCGGUGAGUCAGGCCAAACACACUCACGAUUAGGGCUGAUUGGGGGUAUCUAAGCCAGACACUCAUUGUAAUAGAACAGGGUUCAUGCACGACCCAAGCUAUUUUUUCCUAAAUUAAGUGCACUGGGGAACUAAAAGAUCCAGUGACCAAUCUCUUGCAGGGGGACACUAAACUUAGUCCCUUUCUGGCAUCUUUCUCAUCUUUUGCUAUACCUCAGCUAAAUGCAAAUGACGUGCUUUAAGCCUUAGCCGCUCUUCCAUGAAUAAGAACCCUCUUGAACAAGCCAAGUCCUUUGUGUCUAACUCUUGGCUGUUCCCAUUCUGAAACAGGGAGGGCGAUCAGGAUUCCGAUACAGAGUCCACAGAGCUUGGGAGCGUUGUGUAG